CUUCAUCCAGAACAUGUUCUUCUAUGCUGCUCGUGAGAUUCUUGGGAUGUUUCAUAGCCCAUUCGAUCAUAGACUAAACAGAGCACAAUGGGAUACUCUGAGGCAUACUGCCAUCUCUGCGGCGUCAGCUUCAACAUCGGUCGUGCGCGCGAUGUUGGAGAGCCCCACGUUGCUUCCUUUGGCAGCGACGACAGCCUUUCCAUGGAGAUCGAGGAUCUGGAUCUAGCCGAGUGUGCUAAGAAGGGUUGCGUUUUCGCUCUCAAAUACCCAUACCCCGGGAACAAUGAUGACAAAUCGGAGGUUGAUCCCGACUAUCAGCCUGAUGAUUGUGGGGAUGAGUCCGCAGAGCCGUACGAGUAUGAUUCCGAUUAUGAAUUGGAUGAUGCCAUGAGUCUGUCCGAAGAUCAAGAUGACAACACCAGCCAUAAAAGCGAAGCAAUCACUCCAGACGAGAAAGAGGAAGAAAUGUACCGCAACUUCCUCUCUAACACACUCCGCACACUCAACCCAAAACACUACACCGGCGAACCCAUUGGUGCCUUAGCCUAUUCCACAACCACCGGAACGAAAAAAGACAUCCUGAUUCCCAUCACAUCCUCCGAACUCCCCGCGGGCUACAACCCCGAAGAUCUCGAACACAUCCCCGCCCGCACCUGCGGCCAAGCCCAUGCUUAUCCCGGCGCGGCAAUCUCCGUUGCCGAAAUGCGCGGCUGCCGGACGGCCCAGUUCCUCGUGCAUAAGUCGCAGGCGGAGGAAACAUGGAAGCCCGAUGGGCUGCACGAGGACUGGGAGCCGGCGGAGGAGUGGUUCCUCUCCGGCGUGUGUGACGGGAUGCGAUCGCGCGACUGCGGGUAUCCGGAUGUCUGGCCCGCGCGGGGCGGGGUGGAGACCGUGGCGGCGGAUAAUGUUAGUUUCGUUCCCAUGGACCCCCACGAGCUCGCCAUGCCAUUCCACCCGUGGUGCUUCGAUAUUUUCUCCCGCCAGUCGAAACAGCACUUCAACAAGGUAAACGUCGACGGGCUCAUCAAGUGGCGCAAUUCCGAGUGCAGCUAUGAAGAGUUUCACGAAUUCCCCCGGGCGGGCGAUGUCCUCGAGUCGCAGGAGCAAUGGUGGGAUCAUAAACCCGGCUGCGAAUAUCUGGCUGCGAACCCGCUCUAUGUGCCUGGCUUGUCGACGUUACUUGCAGAGGCGACGAAGCAGGAGGUGGAGGUGGAUACUACCGACUCCAAUGAUAAGGAGCAGCCGCCCUCGCCUGCCCUCACAGUCGACCGCCUGAGCUCCCUCCCGCUAGACCUGCGUCUCCACAUCAUCGGCUUUCUCGACGCAGCAGACAUCACGCGCCUCCGCGCGGCGUCGCGGGCGUUUACGCACCUUCCCAACGGUGUCUGGUGCCGACUCGUUCGUGACGAGAUGCCCUGGCUGUGGGAGGCGUGGGACGAUUCGGAGAUUACGCACACGCCCUCGCGGUGGACGACACUUAACGCGAACGAGGUCAAGUUUGUGAAUGACGCGCGGAAUCACUGCGCCAAAGUCCUGGGAGCCAAGCCUACAGAGCAGGAUGAUCUGGUGGACUACCUGGUCCCGUGGCCUGUCGCGGUGCCGGGACAAGUGAGGCUGGAAAGGGCGAACACGGAUUGGCAUCGAGUGUUUACUCGGGUCAAGAGUCAGUGGAGUCAGCUGAAGGGGUUGCGGAACCGGCAAAGGAUUUGGGAGGAUGUUGAGGAGAUUAUUCGUCGGAUGAAGGCGCUUGAAGGUAGUGGUUGAGGUGGUUCAUGAUUCAUGUAGUGACUAUUGCUCUGUUGUAUAUGCAACAAACCAAGUACAUAACAGUGAAAUGUUGGAGUCUAUACAUUGUUUUGUGUCUUUU